AUGUUAAUUAAAUCACUCACUUUUUUGAUCAUCUUACAACAAAUUAACUUUAUUUCUUCUCAAUUACCUUUCGGAAAUGAAACUCUGGAAGUUGUCCACGUGAUUUUUAGACACGGUGAUAGGACGCCAGAUAAAUUAUACAAAAAUGAUGCGUAUUCGGAAAAAUCUUUUUAUCCAUUUGGAAUCGGGGAAUUAACGAAUCCAGGAAAGCAGCGAUCUUUCCAAUUAGGGAAAACACUCAGAUCAACUUAUGGAAGUUUCAUCGGGCCUCAAUACACUCCGGGAAUGGUUGGAACUUUAGCUUCUCAUGUUCCAAGAACUCACACCGCUUUACAAUUGGUUUUAGCCGGUUUAUUUCCCCCAACAAAUAAAUUAAGAUGGAACGAAGAUCUCGAUUGGAACCCAAUACCUUAUAAUUAUUUGACAAUGAAUGAAAAUUUAGUUUUAGCGCCGGAUAAAUCGUGUCCGAAAUAUUCAAAACUUCGUAAACAAAUUUUAGACGCAAGUUGGCAAACAGACCCGAUUUAUCAUAAAUACAAAAAUAUUAUAUCGAAAUUGCAAAGUUUAACCGGGGAAACCGAUGAUAUUUUUGAAAUGGGAAAUAAUUUAUUUUCAACGUUUAAAGCUGAGAAAGAUUACGGUUUACCACUUCCUGAAUGGAGCAAAGACUUUUUUCCGCUAGCAUUGGAAGAAAUUUCGAAAGAAAGUUGGAAAUAUUCGACGGGAAUAGGAAAAUUAAAAAUUCUUUAUCCGGGAUUUCUAAUUUCAAAUAUCGUUAAUAACACCUACGCUAAAAUUUUAGGAAAUCCCAAAUUAAAACGAACUAAAAUAUUUUUAUAUUCCGGUCAUGAUAAUAACAUAGCUUCGAUAUUGUUCUUCUUGGACAGUUUCUUCCCGCACAAUCCUAAUUAUUGUUCUCAAAUUAUAAUCGAAGUUCACAACAUGGUUGGAACAAGAUUUUUGAAAUUUAUGCAUCGUGAUGAUACUUUAGGAGUUUAUAGGGUUAUUCCUGUACCGAAUUGCGGGGAAUAUUGCCCGUUUAUUGAUUUUAUGCAGAAAUAUAAAAACGUUUUAGAUACGAAUAUGUUAAGAGAAUUAUGUGGAAAAUAA